AUCAUUUCACUUGCAACAUCAGGGAGGCAGAAGGUGGAGUCUAGAGACAGAGCAAUGGGAAGGAUAAAACCACCUCUUAUAAGAUUGAGCUGCUGACAGCUGAUAAGGGGAGAUCCUUGGAAGCUUCACUCAGCUCUCCAGUACCAGGUUAGCUGCAAAGGAGCAAAUCCAGACAGACAAAAAAGAAAAGAAAAUAGUUCCACCAUGAGCAACAAAUACGACGUGGUUGUCAUAGGAGCUGGCAUUUCAGGGCUUUCAGCAGCGAAAUUGCUAGUAGAAUCAGGUUUGAGCGUGGUGGUUCUUGAGGCUCGGGACCGAGUUGGAGGAAGAACAUUUACUGUGAAGAAUAGCAAAACGAAGUAUGUGGAUCUUGGUGGUGCUUAUGUUGGUCCAACUCAGAACAGAAUCCUACGAAUUGCCAAAGAAUUUGGAGUGGAAACCUAUAAAGUAAAUGAAGUUCAGCGUCUCAUUCAUUAUGUCAAGGGUAAAUCAUAUGCCUUCAAAGGUGCAUUCCCUCCUAUGUGGAACCCAGUUGUUUACUUGGAUUACAACAAUCUAUGGAGGACCAUGGAUGAAAUGGGAAAAGAGAUUCCUUAUGAAGCUCCAUGGAUGGCACCACAUGCUGAGGAGUGGGAUAAGAUGACAAUGAAAGAACUUAUUGACAAGUUGUGCUGGACAACUACAGCUAAGAAAUUUGCAACACUUUUUGUGAAUGUAAAUGUGACAUCCGAGCCUCAUGAGGUCUCAGCUCUUUGGUUCCUGUGGUAUGUAAAACAAUGUGGAGGAACAACAAGGAUUUUUUCAACCUCUAAUGGUGGCCAGGAGAGAAAAUUUGUUGGUGGAGCUGGCCAGAUCAGUGAAAAAAUGGCAGAGCAUUUACAAGGUCGAGUAAAAUUACAAAGGCCUGUUGUGCGCAUUGACCAAUCUGCAGAAAAUAUUGUAGUGGAAACACUAAAUCAUGAAAUUUAUGAGGCCAAAUAUGUUAUUAGUGCAAUUCCACCAGCUCUCUGUAUGAAGAUUCAUUUUAAUCCUGAAUUACCGCCACUAAGAAAUCAGCUCAUCAGUCGCGUUCCUAUGGGUUCGGUUAUAAAAUGCAUGGUUUAUUACAAGGAGGCCUUCUGGAGAAAGAAAGAUUAUUGUGGAAGUAUGAUCAUUGAAGAUGAAGAAGCACCAAUUGGACUGACACUUGAUGACACCAAACCAGAUGGCUCAGUACCUGCUAUAAUGGGAUUCAUUCUUGCACGCAAAUCAAGGAAACUGGCACAUCUAUCAAAAGAUGAAAGAAAGAGAAAAAUCUGUGAAUUGUAUGCUAGAGUUCUGGAUUCGGAAGAAGCUCUACAUCCCGUGCAUUAUGAAGAAAAAAAUUGGUGUGAAGAGCAGUAUUCGGGGGGCUGUUACACAGCUUAUUUCCCACCAGGAAUUCUGACCCAGUAUGGAAGGGUUCUUCGGCAACCUUUUGGUCAGGUCUACUUUGCUGGCACAGAGACUGCUACAGAAUGGAGUGGAUAUCUUGAGGGAGCAAUACAAGCUGGAGAGAGGGCUGUCAGAGAGAUCUUAUUCACCUUGGGCAGAAUUCGGGAAAGUGAUAUAUGGAUGCCAGAACCACAGUCUUUGGAUAUUCCAGCCCUAUCAAUUACAACUACCUUUUGGGAAAGAAAUAUACCUUCAGUGCCAGGCUUACUAAAGCUUCUUGGAUUUUCAUCGUUGCUUACAUCAACAGCUGCUUUAGGUCUGAUGCUUUAUAGAAAGGGCCUUCUCUUUCGGAAUUAACAAUGAUUAACAAUCAAUAUUCCAGUAUAUACUCACCUUCAACUUUGUGAAAUAUUUCCACAUUAAGAUGUUAAUGCGUGAAUGUAAAGUGUUAUUUUAUAUUUAAAACACCCCUGGCGUUAUAUGACUGUGACAUUUACGUUUUUAAAAUAGAAUAUAUUUAAUUUAAUGAAUAAAACAUUAACUGUAGUUGGCCAUUUGUAAUUUUAUAAUAGAUUUUUUUUCUUUUCUUAUUUUUAAUACUGAUUUUAUAAGUUAAACUUGGCAUAACCAUUUAGUGAAAAUUGAAAAACUACCUUAUUAUAUUAGAGACAAUGAGUGAAUUACUAAAUGGUUAACUUUCUAUUAAAAAAAUAUCUAUUACCUCAGGAUGCAUAACAGAUCAUUAUACCUCUUUAUGUGUUACCUAGAUAAUGUUUGUUGAUGUACUUUAAAGUGAACUUGUCAUCUUUUUAGCUUUUAAAACCGAAAACCCUACAAGUAACACAAGGUGCCUGCUGUUACCUUUAUUAAACCUGACUCUGCUAUCUUUGUAAUGUGUGUCUAAUAAUACAUCCACAUGAUCAAAGCCACUACCAUUUUGUCAAGUCACUACCUAAAAGCAUCCUCUAUAAAUAGUGGAAGGGAAUUGGCAAGGCUGACCUUCGGAGAUGGGGUCUAUUUGUUAGCUGUCAAGCUCAUGAUGACAGAGUGUGUCCUGCCACUCCAUGGGGCAGAUUCAUAAAUGUACAGCUUGAAAAUUGUGAUGUUUGAUUUUAAGCAAGUUGUUCAGUUUUAAUAAUAAACCAAAACAUGUGUUGCGCAAAAGUGUCACCAACCAAAUAAAGUAAAUAUGUAAACAAAUGGAAUUAUCUCAGUGAUAGCUGUACUCACAGUGCAUCUACAUAAACAAUACUUAAACCAAUGAAACACAAAUUGUGUUUUGCUGUCAAUAUAAAGUGCAUAAAGUCAUAAUAAUACUCAGCCAAUCAAGUAAACAUUCUUAUAUGGAUCAUAUAUCACAGUGAUUGAAAAAAACAUAAAUAGUCCAAUAAAGUCCAUCAGAAAAAGAAGAUGGUGCUUUUGUGAAAAAAAGUUAAUGUAAACACUUAAAUGUUAUCAGGAUCCCAUGUUCCAAUGUGAGUAAGAUUAUUCUUCAAACCCAAAAGUGCACACCCCACUCACAAGCCGCUUACCAGCCAAUAUGACAACAAGAUAGAGGUCUGGCUGCACUUUAUCCCAGUAUCCCCAUGGAAUGAAUGGAUGUCAAGAGCCAGGAUUCAAGGGUGGAUUACCAUACAGCCAAGAUGACCCAUUCAUAGUGUAGUAAUUUGAGGUUUAAGCUUUUUUUAAUAAAGGUUAAAAUUACUUACAACAAGGCAGGAGUAAAUCGCAUAGUACAAUAAAUCACAUGCACCACCCCGGCAGCUGGGAUGUUGUCACCGCUGUAGCACCUCCCAAGGCGUUUCAUUCAAAAGAACAUCAUCAAAGUAUUGAAUACUUGUAUAGUCAGAUAAGUUUGUCCAAAUAAGCCAAAGUGAAGUCAUAGAUAUGUAGUCAGAUAAGCAUUAUACUAACAACUUCUUUAUUCAAAGUUUUACCUCCAUUUACCCAAUACAGUAGUUGCUCAGGGUGUCCAAAUAUGACUUUGCAGGCCAAUAGGCACCAGAGUUGGACCUAGUGCUCUCAGAAAUUAACAUUCAGUAACAGAACCAACCCCUCAUGCCCCCCCUUUCUUCCUCUGCUGUUCAAGUCUGUGUGACAAAGGCAUGAAGCAGCAAUUUUCACUGAGAGUAAAAACUAUUCUAGGGCAUUUCCAAGCACAAAUAUUUGCAAGAGUACACGGUUAUAAUGGGUGUUAUACUUCAGUUGGUCUUUAAAGAAAGACUUUAUUCAUCAAAGUAGACUUAACAAUCCAAAUUUGCAAGGCAACACAGAAAUCUACCUAAUUUCAUGUACAACUAAUCUUGCCUUACACUGUUGUAGCUUUAAUAUGAAUUUUAAUUCAUGUAUAAAUUAACCCAACAAUUCUUUUCUAUAUCAAAUAAUCAUGAUUCCCCUCCCCAAAAAAUGUCUAAAGGAUAGGAUACCCAUAUGGGUAUCUUUAUUUCCUUCAUUAUGAUUAAUGAACAUACUAGUGGGUCAACAGCAGUCCCUUAAACAUAAUACCAAAUAUGCUUUUAUUAUAUUGUUAAUUUUCAAAAUUGCACCAAUGUAAAAAAAUAUAUGUUUGAAGAACAGACACAAAUGUUAAUGUGUAGAUUAACAUAAAGUUAUUCAAAAAUAUAUUUUAAAGAGAAAUAAAAGAAAAAAUAUCCACAGCUGAAGGGAAAAGGAAUACAAUUCUGAGACCUUCCAAAGAACAAUUUAGGUACCUUCAGCAGGUAAAUUGUUAAAUCAUGUGUAAUAUAUCUAAUAUUUUUGAUUGGAAAAAAUAAAAAAAGUUGCAUAAUUCUCUAUGCCCACUUGUUAUAAAAUAAUGUCUUGCUAGUGCAAAUGGCUAAAGGUGGUACUUUGUAUUAGGACAUUUAAGGGGAAGCCUGGAAAAGAUUUAAAUGGUCCUCUGCAUAUUAAAAAUCAAAAUAUACAGUGGAAUCUAUCAUCUUUUUAGUGUCUGUAAUCUGUAUACUAUUCUAUGCUGUAUGUGCCAGUGACCGAUAUCACUUGUUGACAUUUUAUGUAGGGUUAUGAAAUUUGUAUGUGAGCUUAGAAAAUAUGUAUGUGGAAACCUAAAUAGUUAUUAGUGGACAAACUUUGAGGCAUUAUUGCAAAAUAAUAACUUUGACAAUAUUCUUCAAACAACUUUGUAGAUCCUAAUAAACUGAGCUUGCUUGGGAA